UAGCAGGCCUGGUGGGGCACAUCAGUAUUUGGGGCUGAAACUGGCAUUCCUUCGAGACUCACUUGCUAGUCGGACACAAAAUUGUUGCCACACCCUCCAUUUCUUCCCUCCGUCCAGUCCACUUUCGUCCUUUUGUUAUUCCCUUUUUUUUCUCAUCGAACUAAAUUUUGAAGCGAUAAUGCCGGCCGCUUAGAUACUGGACUUUGGAGAGGAAUCGGGAGCAGGUUGGAUCAGCAGUCGGGUAUAGCUGGAAAUCAGUAACCAAAAGGAUAUAGACAGGAUGCCGGUCACCUACAAGACACGAGCCCUGCCGGCACAGCGCCGCCUAGUGCCGAACCUGCUGCGGAGCAUCCUGCGCCUCCUGGAGGAAGCCCAUCGACCCAUGAGCGUCACCGAGGUGAUCGCCGCCCUGGGUAUCACCUAUCGCCGCACCGAUCCGGAAUUCCAACGCCAGGUCAGGAUUAAUCUGCGGGACGGUGUGGCUUACGGCAUCUUGAAACGCCAGAAGGAUCAUUUCUCCCUGAGGUCCCGGCGACUGGGCGAGCUGAUGGCUCAUCUGGAUCCCUCCAACCCACACCGAUAGAACUGGACUAGAGGAUCAGAUAAGCCCCAAAACAUAAAUUAUUGAAAUUCAUACUGAAUCUUAUGUAAAACACAUUAUCUGAUAUAAUAUCCAAGAAUCUUCUUAUGAUUCCUAUUGGAUUCCUAAUUAUAAUUAAAUAAAAUAAU